AUGUCGUCGAUGAUGUCGGGCCUCAAGGGCGCCAUUUCGAGCAUGACGCACCUCGUCACGGGCAAGCUGUCCAAGGAGUUUGACGCCAAGGACGUGGUGGUCGUCAACCAGGCCGAGUCGCACUUCGGCGCGCACCUCGUCGGCUACCUGCUCCACCACAAGGUCAAGGUGCGCGCGGCGUGCAAGAGCCAGGAAAAGGCCGACGUGCUGCGCCACUCGUUCUGCGGCUACGCCGAGGCGCACGACCACCUCGAGAUUGUCGUGUGCGCCGACCCCUGCGACGCGGCGACGUGCGACGCCAUCAUGGCCGGCGCCACGUACCUGAUGCUCACCGUCUCGAGGAACCCGGGCUCGUUCCGCGGCGACGCCGAGCGCGACAUGGUGGCGCCCUCGCUCGGCGGCACCCGCUGCCUCCUCGAGAGCGCCAGAAAGGCCGGCACCGUCAAGAGGGUCUGCCUCAUCAGCGCCACGUACGCCCUCGGAGACGCCACCAAGGCCGGCCAGCACUUUACCGCGGACUCGUGGCUGAACGUCACGCGCGAGGAGGCCUGCAAGAUGACCGACGUCCAGCACGUGUUUGCCGCCUGCAACGCCCUCGGCGAAAAGGAAGCCUGGGACUGGUGGCGCGCGACGGGCGACAAGAAGCCGUUCCAGAUGUCGGCGCUGCUGCUGUCGUACAUUGUCGGCCCAGAGCUGCUGCCCGUUGGCCCGCGCGGCGCCAACAAGUUCGUCGUCGACGCCCUCACGGGAGGCGACGUCCACCCGCUGUACGGCGUGGGCUUUGUCGACGCCAGGGACGUGGCCAGGGCGGCGGCCGAGUGCCUGCUCGACGCGACGUGCGACGGCAAGCGCCACGUGCUCGAGGCGGGCCACUAUUCGUACCAGGACAUGUACGAGUGGGCCAAGCAGGUCGGAGACUUCCAGCUCAACCCGGCUCCCAGCAUCGCCACUGCCAAGCCGCCCAUGGAGGCUGCCAACACGUACGACAGCGCCCUGACGAGCUUCAAGAUCCAGUACACGCCGAUUGAGCAGUCGAUCAAGGAGAUGCUCAAGCAGGUGGCGGUCCACCAGCACCACCUCAAGCAGCAGCAGCAGCAGCAGCAGCAGACGGGCGCCGCGACCAAGUGA